AGGCGGGACAUUUUUACUGCGGCCAGUCCACACAGGGACUGAACAAGCGAUGAAGCUCCAGGAGAAAUUUGUUCGAGAGUAAAAAUUUGAAUCGAAUUAGUAGAUUAGCAGCCCUGCUGCCGCUUCUAUUUUAUAUUAAUUCUUCUAACAACAUGAAGAUGAAAUAUUCUUAUUCAUCAAGAACAUCUUGUCCGUAAACGUAGUACAAUCCUUUCAAAUUUUUUGUUGACCUUCGAUCAGCAUUUCCAAGAACAUUAGGUGUUAGUUGUUGGUCAUUCAUCAUUAACUAACCCUAACGAACAACAACUUCUCCUUUGCGUUUUAGUUCAACAUCAAGCAAGGAAAAUGAAAGACCUCACGCUCACUUUUCACCAGCCAGGAACCUGUAGUGUAGAAUGCCAUAGAACAAACACCCAAAAGAGCGCUGGUUAAGGAAGUUAUGGUAGAAAGAUGCUCAAUUUGUGGCUUGGAGAUGAAGGGUAAAGAUUCUUUUCCUGCUAGCCAUAGAAUUGAAAUACGACCACAUCCUCAUAACUUAUAUUAACGUAAAAGAUUGAGAUUGAAGAUUAGGGAACAGGUCUAUGUCUGUAUUUGCUUGUAGGUACCGAGCUGCAUCUCGCUUCGUGGUCGCGCCGUAGUUAAAUGUUUGCACGCGUCUACUUAGACAGUAGGACAACAAAAACGAGGCCCAACCUGCAUCACGGAUAUGAGUGAAUGAAUGAAGAAAAGGACGCCCUCUACUAUUGUGUACUUAGCUUGUAUAGAAACAACUUGGUUUCAGCCUGCGUUUUUUACAGUAAAUGUAAUGUCCUCAAAGUUUGCAUUUGGGUAGUUUCCAAAUUACUAUUGGCAUUGUGCUACAAAAAAACUCUAGACAGUGAUAGGCACUUCAGGUAGGAGAUUGCAUGAUGAUUUUUGUUUGUCGGCAAUGCCUCCUUGAAUAUUUUUGUGCCUGUUUCUCAUUUGCAGAAUCAAUUGUUCGCGUCUCGUACAGUCCAUGUACAUUGAUUGGACAAGAAUUGAAAAAUUCUUCUUCUUGUCAAUCGAAGAGACGAUUGAAAGGAUAUCUUUUGAUAUCAUACAAACAUGUACUAUAUUUAACUAGGGAAGUUGCUCCUCUGGACCCCACGUGGCAAAUAUAGUGGGCUAGGAAGUUCCUCUUUACUGCAGCAAGAUUUUUUUAGCUUCCUUGACUAUUUUGAAAACGAG